AUGCCUGAAUUCUGGGACCCCGCGCGCUGCAACUGGACCAUUGACAACCGCGACUCGGGCGAAGCCCGCGCCCUCCUCGGCGCCAUGGCCCAGAUGGCGCCCUCGGCCGUGUCCCCCAACGAGCUCCGGCGACUCGCGGGCCUGUGCCUGUGCAGCUUCUACCACCAGAACCAGCGCGAGGACGUGGUGGCGCGGUGGCUCGACGUGGUGAAGCGCGCGGGCGGCCACUACAGCAACGCCGCGGCCCAGGCCACCGAGGAGCGCGACGCCGUCGUGGUCAAGAAGAGCGCCUACCUCGACCAGCUGGAGCUCGCCCUCAUCGAGUCCAACGCCGAGUUCCAGGACGUGCAGGGCCGCCUCGUCGAGGCCGCCGACAAGAACGCCAAGAUCCGCGCCGAGAACCUCGGCCUCGUGCACGAGCGCGAGGGCCUGCGCGACGCCCUCGAGGCCGCCGAGAAGAAUGGCGGGGACCUGCGCGGCGAGCUCGAGACCGCCCAGGGUGACUUGACUCGCCUGAGCCAGGAGAACGCCGUGUGCCGCGGGGAGAUUGCCGUGCUGCAGGGUAAGCUGGGCGAGGUGCAGGCCGGGCUGGAGACGGCCGAGCGGGACGGUGCGCGCCUGCGCACCGAGCUCGCCUCGUCCAAUGAGACCAACCUUGACCAAAAGGCCGAGAACGAUCGUCUGCGCCAGGAGGUGUCCAGCCUUCUCGAGCAGCUCGACUCUCUCCAGGGCGCCCUCGACGCCGCCAGCGACAACAGCAACAAGCUCCAGCGGGAGCUCGGCUCCGCCCUCGAAAACCUGCAGCAGUCUUCCUCCGCCCACGACCGCGCCCGCCACAGCAACGCCUCUCUCGAAGAGCAGCUCCGUAAGCUGCAGGGCCUGCUCGGCACCGCCGAGAAGCGCGGAGACGCCCUCCAGUCCCAGCUCAAGACCGCCCAGGACGAGCUCGCCGUCGCCGAUCGCCAGCACGGGAAGGUCAGCCGCGAUAACAGCGACCUGGUCCGCCGCAUGCGCGAGCUCGAGGCUAUUGUCCAGUCCGCCGAGGAGGAGGGCGAGGAGGUCAAGCGCGAGCUGUCCGACGUCAGCGGGCUCCUCGCCAAUACGCAGGCCGAUAGGGACAGGCUCGAGGCCCACAAUAGGGGACUCCAAGAACGCGUCGUUGCUCUCGAGCGCCGGCUCGACCAGGCCGAUGAAAACUGCAAGAAUCUCGAUACCGAACUCCAGACUGCCCGGGCUUACGAAGAGCUUGCGGCACAAGUGCCCAGCCUUCUCGAUCAGAUCCGUGAGCUUCAGGGUGAGAUCGCCGCGACUUGGCUCAACCGCCUCCUCGAGCUCGUCAGGAGAGCCAAGUUGAAGAUUAGGUCCAUCGUCAAGGGCGGUAGGAAACGACUUCUCCGGGAUGGGAAGAAGGGUGCUCCGGAUGAAGAGACGAGACAGGGAAGUAGGGCCGGGAGCGUUCGCAACGAGUAG